AUGAAGGUCCUCAUCACUGGUGCUGGUAUUACCGGGAACGCCCUCGCCUUUUGGCUCUCGAAGAUAGGCCAUGGGGUUACCAUCAUCGAGCAAUUCCCACCCUCCGCUAUGAGGUGCAUGGGUCUUGAGCAGGUUUUUCGCGCAAAGCUGGCCCCGGAACAAGGCCUACAAGUGGUCGACAAGUCUGGGAGACGGCGGGCGUAUUUCCCUGCGAAUAAGUCUAGCAAGGGCUUGCAGAAUUUCACCAUCGAAUUCGAGAUUAUGAGAGGGGAUCUAUGUCGCCUUAUAUACGACGCCACGAAGGAUCGGGCCAAGUACAUCUUUGGGGCGUCGGUCGAGAGCUUUGAAGAGAAGGAAAACUCGGUUGAGGGAUCACGCAUCCGAAAGAUGAUGUUCGAAUCCAGGAUCGCCGACGCAGCAUACCAUCCGCUCAAGGGCGUCAAUAUGGCAUACUUUACCAUUUGUCAGCCCAUACGAGAAGGAGAAGAGUAUAUCGCCACAGCCUAUAUGGCUCCCGGAAAGCGAGUAAUCAUGACUCGAAGGCACAGUCCGCACGAGAUCCAGGUAUACCUGGGCUGCACGACCAAUUCCGAGCGACUCAAGAAUGCUCGCCAGGAGGGAGAUGUCGGGGAGCAAAAGGCUGACUGGGAAGAGGUCUUUCAAGGCGCAGGGUGGCAAACAGAAGGGAUCUUCAAGUCUCUAAUGGGCGGUAACACGGACUUCUAUGACGAGUGCCCAGCCAUGGUCAAGCUGGAGUCCUGGUCCCGUGGACGCGUGACACUUAUUGGGGACGCCGCCUAUUGCCCAACGGCAACCACGGGAUUGGGCACAACCUGCGCCAUUAUCGGUGCUUAUGUCUUAGCCGGCGAGAUUGGGAGGCCCUCUAGACGCUCGAACGGAGAGGAUGUUGAUAGAAGGGAUGACGCCAAGUAUGGUCCUGCGACUGCGCUCGAGGCAUACCAGCGAAAGUUCCAACCCUUCAUCGAUCAAGUCCAGAAAGGGGUAUCCGUAUCGGAGGAUACAGGCUUUUUGGACAUGCUGACGUCGUCGCCAUCCGGUAUUGCUAUUCUGAACAAUCUUUUGUAUUCACGUCACCCCCGUCCUGAUGAUUCCAUCCAACCAUUUGACCAACAGGACCGUAAUUCAAGCUGGCAGGGUCUUGCGUAA